UUCUCUCAAGAAAUAUAGGCAUACACACGCACACACACAAUUAGACUAUAUAAAAUUCCAUUUCGUUGAUUUUUUAUUGAAUUUGUCGAUCGAGUAUAAUGGAAUUGAUUCCGGGACUGCCUAACGAUGUAGCCCGAGAAUGCUUGGUUCGCAUUCCAUAUGAGCAGGUGAGGUUUGCAGCUUCAAUUUGCAAGGGAUGGAAGAAGGAGAUAGAGUCGCCUGAAUUUCGGGACAGGAGGAAAGCCGCCGGCCUUAGCGGAGUGCUCGUAAUACUGGCCCAGGCUCGACCAAGUCUCAUCUGGGAAUUUGACUCCCCAAAGCAUGUCGCCUCUCUUACCUACCGGUUGUCCGUCUUCCAGCCACUCUCGGGGCAGUGGUCCACUCUGCCGCCGAUUCCUGGCUUCACCGCCGGAUUGCCGAUGUUUUGUGCAUUGGCCGCCGCUGGCUCAGAACUCGUUGUCAUGGGCGGGACCGAUCCGGUCAUGUGGGAUGCCUUAAACUCAGUGUACAUAUACAAUUUUCUAUCCUUGAAAUGGCGGCCGGGGACCGACAUGCCAGGCGGCAUCCGCACAUCCUUCAGUUGUGCAUCAGAUGGCAACCGGAUGGUGUAUGUGGCCGGGGGUUGCGGCGGCCAGAGAGAAUCAUUGAAAUCUGCCCUGGUCUAUGAUGUGAAGAUGGACAAAUGGGUCGCGAUGCCCGACAUGGCAAGGGAGCGCGCCGCAUGCAAAGGAACCUUCCGAUGUGGCAGGUUCCAGGUCAUUGGCGGCUACCCUACCGAGCUGCAAGGCAGGUUCGAGAAGAGCGUUGAGGUGUUCGAUCCCGUGACGUGGUGCUGGCAACCUGUUCAAGAGAACGUGUUAGAAGUUAGCACAUAUCCUGGAACUUGUGUGGACGGUAAUAACACGUCCAAAUCCUUGUACAUGUGCAUGAAUGGCAAUGUGAUUGCCCGCAAUAGUUCUGGGUGGCGGGAUGUAGCAAAACUACCAUCGAAGUGGUUCAGACCGGUUCACGUCGCGAGGUGGCAUGAGAAACUGACGGUGGUCGGAAGCGAUGGUUUACGGAACUCCGAGUACAUGGCCCAUACAUUGGACCUCAAUACUUACUCGUGGACUCGAAUAGAAAUUCCAGAAACGUUUUCCGGUCAUGUCAUGGGAGGAUGUUGUUUGGAAAUUUAGUAUGUCCAUAAAAUUGUCCGG